AUGAAGUAUUCAGCAUCAGCAUCAAUCGCUCUCGCCGUUGGCGCUUCAGCUGCUUCCAUCAAACGAGACACUUGCCCAUACACCCUCACUUCAUCGGGAGGUCAAUCCGGUAUCGUUGGUCAAUUGGACGAUGGUCAACUCCGUAUCCUUGGCAACCACCCUACUGCAACUUUCAUAAUCAACAACGGUGAAACCACCGAUUCCAAAGGCCGACCAUGUUAUUUAACAUCAGAGGCUAAUCAAUACCAAUGCGAUACUGGUAUGAGCGCUACAGGUGGUUUUGCUAUCAGUACAGAUGGCACAUACUCUCAGUCUGGAUCAUCGGUCUUCUAUGCAUGCCCAUCUUCUGACAACGAUUACAACAUCUACACUGCUCCCGUGGCUGGUCAGGAUAAGUGUGUAAAGAUUGGAUUGACUGCUAGUGGAUGUUUCACUCCAUCUUCAUCUUCUUCAUCAGCAAAAUUGAGCACAUCCGCAUCCCAACAAGUCUCAUCCUCCACCUUAGUUUCAUCACCAAAAUCUUCAUUGUCUGCUCCAGUUUCAGAAUCUUCAAAGGCUUCAGUCGUCACUGCUACCACAACUCAGCAACAGACAUGUGCUGCUUCAACCGUAACUGUAUCUGAAACUGUUAUUGUCACUCAAACUCCAUCUGCCCAGACCAUUUAUGUCACUUCGACUGCGCCUGGUCAAACUAUCCAGGAGACUCAAACUCAACAGCAGACUGCACCAGCUCAAACUGUUGUGGUUACCCAGACUCAAUUACAAACAUGUGCUGCUCCUUCUAUAGUCACUGUCACCCAAGUUCAAUCUGCCGCUCCUUCUACAGUUGCCGUUACUCAAGUGCAGAAUAUUACCGCUGUUUCCACAAAACAAGUCACCGCUACCGAGUCUAUCAAAGUUUCCAGCGCCCCCGCCACUUCUUCCCAAGUUCAAGCCACUACAAGCGCUGUUUCCACACCAAAGGCUUCUUCUGCUAGCUCAAUUAUCUCCUCUAAUGUCUCCCAAGCAAGCUCAGUUGUCUCUUCGGCCACAUCAAAGGCCUCGUCCACAGCUUCAGCUUCCAAUUCUUGCCCUACUAAACUUGAUGGCACCUACUCUUCCCCCAACCUAAUUGUUCCCGUCUCAUCUGCAUCCCCAGAUAAUGCGUACGGUACUUCUUACGAUGGAGUCGUCAACAGCACUGUUUCUUCUCUCUUCAACUUUGACAUCCCAGCUUCAUACGCUUCCAAGACUUGCUCCCUUGUUUUCCUCUUCCCCACUCAAGACAUGCUCGAGACUUCCUCCUAUACCUUCUCCGGUACCGGAGCCGUCGAUUUCAAACAAUUGAGCAACACUGUUACCACCAGCUCUACCUAUAACUCUAUCGGAAGCACUGCAACUGAUUUCGGUAGCAAGACCAUCACACCUGGUUCCUGGACUGUUGUAAACACUUUCACUUGUCCAGCUGGACAGGCUAUCAGUUAUGAAAUGACUGCUGGCGGAAGCGACACUGAUUUGUGGUGGUUUGAGGAUUACAACCCAUCCCCAAUAGGUCUUUUCAUCACCACCUGUUAG